UUGACUUAGUAAACGGAUUCAGUGAUUUCGAAGAGGUCAAAGUCAUUUGAUCAGUGCAUCACUGCAGUGAAAGCACCGAGCCUUUGAUGUGGGAGCACUGCUUGAGCUGUCAGUUGCCAGACUUUUCUGUGAACUUUACUUAUUAAGCAAUAGUUCAAGAAGCAAGAUAGCCGAGUUGUCAUGAUAUAUGUGAACGGGAAGAAGCAAUUCAAGACUAUUUGAAGUUUUAAAGGUUUCACUUCCAUAAUUUGUGACUAACCCUUUAAGUCAAAAAGGCAGAUAUUUACAUAGAGAGUACCCUGAAAAGAAAUGGAAGAAAAGAAUCCCCAUCCUGUAGUGGCCAAGCCGAAGUUCAGCCAAGUUGGAACAUUGCAGAAGAACUGGGAGAAAUGGGCUGAUGACCACAUUGAAUACCAGAAGCACAACCCAUUCAGUAAUGAUGUCACAGUAGCUGUACAGCAUCAGAAGGGAGAUCCUGAAUAUGGAAACCCUAAGGAGGGGUCCAAAACUGAACAGAGGGGAAAGGAUGCAUAUAGACAUGUUGGGACUGAAGUUAAAGAACUAUGCUUAAUCAUGCAGAUUAUAGGUGAAAAAGGAAAGGAUGGAAAUGUAAGAGUUACAUUUGGAAGAUUGUUUGAAAAAUAUGAGAACAUUUCCAACAAAGUUGUAGGGAUUCUGCUGAGAGCCAGAAAGCAUGGCCUGGUUCAUUUUGAAGGAGAGAUGCUUUGGCAGAGAAGGGAUGAUGAUGUGAUUAUUACAUUAUUGGAGCAAAACAUCACUUAACAACUGUAUUAUUUGUCUUAAUACUGAAUUUUAAUACUGUUUCUCUACUGCUUCUUUUAUCUGACAGACUUUAUUUUCCUCUUUGCUGGUUCACUUCAGCUGCACUUUUUCUAGUGAGCAGCUGUGUUACACCCAUAACAAAACAGACUCUUGUCAUACCUCUGUAGUGCCCUGUAUUGCCCAGCUGUGUCCCUGUGACUGCAGAAAGUGGUAAUUGUGGCCAUUUACAGACCUCCCUCAAUGUGCAAAAGGAGGGCAUAAUCUUUGUAAAGUACUUAAUGAAGACAGGCAUAAUCUUUUACCGGCCAUUUGGUAAAGUACUGUUGCUGCAUUAUAAUGUGAGCAGCGUUGUAUAAUGGAAGGAACACAGGUAAAAAAGAAGCUAAAAAUAGAACAGGAAUUGCUAGCAGUUAAAGAUCAUGCUCAAAGUAUUUUUAGAGAUCUAACUUAGAAUUUCCCAUAAGUUGCAUCAGAUAUUUAUGAGUGUGAUCACUUUUUUAUGGGAGAAAGAUUUUUUAACAGUUUUCUUCAAGAAAUAAACAUCUUAAGACUUCCACUGGGAACAUGCCUCUCAACUAGUGAAUGCAAAAAAAUAACAGAACUGGUCUUUAGUCUUCAAAGUAAAAAAACUGAAAGACUGUAGCAAGUAGGUUACACAGGCUUGUUGCCAACAAAUCAUGAGUAGUUGGUGCCAGCUUUUACGGCUUCUAGCUGCAUUGUGGUCAGCUGACCAAUAUUACAAUGCAGCUAGAAAAGUGGACCAAUAGCAAAGCUUUCUGCAAUUGGUUCUUUUUCCUCACUUGACUGCCGUCUUGGUCUGAACAGACCAGUAGUAUAGUGUGGGCAGAAAAAUGCCAAAAAGCACAACUGCCCAAGUUUUUUGUAAUUUUUCUUGCCUCUGUUAUUUGGUCUGUUCAAUGGACCAACAGCACAGUGCAGCUAGAAAAGUGGACUAAAACCAUAGGUAGCAAGAAGCCCACUGUGCUAUUGGUAUAUUUUUCUAGCUGCUCUGUGCUAUUGGUCCAUUCAGCAGACCAGGGCAUGCUGAUAAUUACAUUUAUAAUAAUUAGUUAAUUUCCAAGCUCUUAUUUUUUUCACAAACUGUCAAUUAAAUUAAGAGCUUUACAGCUGUUUACCACUUGGUGUUUUUUUUUUCAGCUUACUGCAGAAAAAAAAAAGCUGAAAGUUACCACUCAUUCAGGUAAAUAAUUGUUAUUCUUGUGAGCCUCUCAAAUACAUCACUGCCCAUCAUGCAGACUGAAUCUCUGUGCCGAUACAGUGAGACAGCAGGCAUUCAUUGCAGACAUCCAAGUUCUUUGGAUGUUUUAAAUUUUGUAAGAGUUUUGACUCAGGCAAAAAUGCUAUCAUAUCCAUGAAUGUGCAAUCUGGCUUACAGGUCUACUAGUUUACCUCUAAAAAUUCCUUGCACAUAAUAUUUAAUAUUUAAUCUUUUGAGCAUCUGCUUUAAGGCUGUGCUUCUCUUUAGUGCAAACAUAUUAUUUUUGUUUUAUUUAUGUGGAAAUGUUCACACAUAUGCUGCAAAGCAAAAUAUACUGUGGGUAGUGUGCACAUUAACAAAACCUGAACAGGUGUUUUUAUGGUGUACCUCUAAAACUUUUUGACAUGAUCUUUGACUGGUAGCAGUUCCUUAAGUUUAGCUUAAAGAGACAGAAAACAAACAAAAGAUUGUAGCUUUCACAUAUUUUUUGAGACAGUCAUCAAUAUAUGUUGUUUGAUGAAAGUGAAAAUUUUAUGUAAUGACUCCUUUCAAACCAGUUUCUGUUGGUCUGGCUCACUUGUGUUAAUUUUAUAUUCACUUCCGUUGCUAUCAUUUGUAUGUGGAAAACUUUAUUGGUAGUGAAGAUCGCUUGAUCACCUAUUUUAUGAUGCUUCUUUGAAGCUGGGGGUGUACUUUUGAAUGCCAUUGCUGAGCCUCUAUAACCAUGAUAAAGCUGCUAAGUGAGAGUGGCACUACUCCAUUUCAUUCUGAUCCCAGUUUGAAAAGUCUGGCUGUAUGUAUUUAUUUAUUUAUUUAUUUAUUUAUUGUUUUUAAACUGGCUAAAAAUAAACAAAAAGUAACUAAAGGUUUUGUAAAACUGUGAAAUUUAUUUGAAAAGACAUUCUGAAGUGAAUGUUUUAGUAACCAGUUCUGCUACUCUGACCAGUCCAAACACUAAUGUUGUUAGUGUGCUUCUACCCCUGAACCUGAAUGUAGUUGUACUUGUACCAAGUUGGGGGAGGAUUUCUCAGGUCACAGCUUAAUAGAUGGGAUUAUGAUGUGGUGAUGGUCUGGUUUAUUACAAUGGCAUGCAGCAGGUGCACUAAAUUUGCCCUAGGUGGGAGUGUGUAUGUGGUGACUGCAUACCUCUCAACUGUACAGAUUUCCACAGAAUGUCUAGAUUUUUGCCUUAUAUU